UGGACAGAUCAUGUGUACUCGGCGCUGUUCAAUUGACCUGCGUCCGGGCAAAUUACUUUCAGUUGAUAUUGGGAUUCUUUCAGAGCAGCAUUCACGGGGGGGGGAAAGCAUAGUUUCCAUCGGAACACGGAUUUCGGAUCAUCUUUUUCGACGCGCUGAAAAAAAAAGUUUGGAUUGUGUAAUUAUUGGAGCGAGUUUUCAGACUUCAUGAUGAGUGCUGUUGUGGCCACUGAGGGCCUGUUCUUUUCCGCCUUGCAGCCAAGCACCUCGGUCACCACAUAUGCGAUCCCAACCGAUGACCAUCCCAGGAGGGAUCUGCUAUCUAAAGCCAGACGCGUCCAGCAGCAGGUCCAGCAGCGCAUGGCGGAGAAACCCUCAUCCUCAUCCUCAUCCCGACUCAACGCCUCCACAGAAUUUGACGGCCACUCGUCCACUGUAAGAUACCAAACCAAAACCCCUGGAUUCAGUUCCAAGUCUGUUAUCCACAAUGGCAACAGAACAAUGGCGACGCCUCGACUGUCUCAGUGCGCAGGAGAAUUUUCCUCUCGCUCUGCAGUAGAAAUGGGCACUCGGCAGAGAAUCAGUCAUGGUGUGCCUGUGCCUGCCGUAGUGGGCCGUCCGUACAUGUACCAUGAUGACGCACAUCUGAGUGGCUCUUACAACCAGAUGCAAACAUCGGAAUCAAGGACACUGAGUCGGACUGAGCAGGAGGCAGCAGCAAUGGCCGGGCUCACGUUGCAACGGCAGCCAUCUCCUGUGGGGAACUGGAUGGCGUCCUAUAGCCACAGCUCUUCACCCAACGUGGUGCAAAGACAGCACACCCUUAGUGGGACCCUGGCACGAGAGGGUUUCAGCACAGGAUGGAGGGAAGCAGAGUUGGCUAAUCAAUAUUCAUUUAAAGGCCCUUCCCACCGAACCAUCAGCCGCAUAAAUAAUCGUCAGGUGCAGCAGCAGCCACAACAGCAAAGGCAGAGCAGCAGCUCGAUGCAGUGGCAGCAGAUGUCCACUGGGGGCACCAGUAUGAUGGGUGCUGGGCAUUACCAGGGCACCAUGAAGAGAGCGGGGUCUGUGCAUAGUAUGAAGAGUGUCGGUCGUGGUGUGGAUGUUUAUGACGGAUUGGCCGAUGGAACCGCAGAUGCUCUUGGCGGAAUCCAUAACCUGGACAUGAUUACAGCAGUCAGUUACCUCUCUUCCACUGAUGUUGCUAUGCAGAUGUUGGGAGCAGCCUACAUACAGCAUCAGUGUUACCACAGCAAUGAAGCCAAGACCAUGGUGUGCAGUUUGAAGGGCAUCUCAGCAUUAGUACAGCUGUUUAGCAGUGAGAACCAAGAAGUUCAGCGCUAUGCAACAGGAGCUACACGCAACCUCAUCUACGAGAAUAUGGACAACAAGACAGCACUUAUCGAAGCUGGUGGAAUUAGCAAACUAAUUGGUGCUUUAAGAGAACCCGAUGAUGAACUAUGCAAAAAUAUCACAGGGAUUUUGUGGAACCUGUCUUCUAAAGACAGUUUGAAGGAGAGGCUGGCCAGAGAGAGUUUGUCUGAGCUGACGGAGAGAGUGCUGGUGCCUCUGUCUGGAGGAGGAGAUGCUGGUGUCAUUCAACAGAGUGCGUCUGAGGCUGAUAUUUUCUACAACACCACAGGUUGCCUCAGGAACCUGAGCUCAGUGAAUGAAAGAACCAGGCAGCAGAUGCGGGAAACGCGAGGGCUGGUAGACUCUCUGGUUGGAUACAUCGAAAACUCCCUACAGGAGGGAAAAGGAGAGGACAAGGGUGUAGAAAACUGUGUGUGUGUCCUGCGCAACCUGUCGUACCAGCUGUACUCUGAGAUCCCUGCUUCAGUUCAGAUGCGUUUGGAAGGACCCACUCGAGCACAGGUCACGCGGCACAACGACCCCAUCGGCUGCUUCACACCACAGAGCAAGAAAGCAAAAGAUAGGAAUCAAGACCUGAGCACCUUCUCUGAAGUGGCACGAGUCCCGAAAGGAACAGAUUGGCUGUGGCACCCUCAGAUAGUCGCUCUGUACAACCGCAUCCUGCAGAACACCGAAACAAACACAGCCACACGUGAGGGAGCGGCGGGAGCCCUGCAGAACAUCACAGCGGGCGACAGCAGGUGGGCCUCUGUGUUGUGUCGUGUGGCGCUGGAGCAGGAGCGGAUGUUGCCGGUGAUUCUCGACCUGUUGCGAAGCCCCACAGAUGCCGAGCUCCGUUCUCUCACGGGUCUGCUGAGGAACCUCUCCCGACACUGCAAAAACAAAGCUGAUAUGGCUACCAAAGUGGUGAAUAUUCUGGUGAACAAACUCCCCAGUGAUGGGCAUCAGAAAGAACCUUCUAGUGAGGUGGUGGUCAACAUCUGUGGGGUUCUCAACAACCUGGUUACAGGAAGCUCUCUAGCUGCGAGAGAUAUCACUUACUUUGAUGGACUACCCAAGCUGGUCAGCAUUAAGACAUCUCAUGACAACAGUCCUGGGAAGUUGAAAGCCGCCAGGGCCGCCUCCACCGUUCUGUCCAACAUGUUUCAGUACACCAAACUUCACAAAGAUUACAAACAGAAAGGGUUCACAAGACGAGAUUUCACAGAUAUGACCAUCUAAUCUCUGUCCAUGACAUAGUGCUAAACUCAUUGGACAAGAAGGCAUUAGACGUCCAUGGGAUUUUACAUAUCUUUACCACCAAAGUCACAAGAGAAAUGCAAUCAGCCUAUUUCUCUCAAACACACACACACACACAUAUUGUGACCUGUAGUGGAGUGAGUGAACUCUAAAGUUUUUACUAGAGUAUAAAUUAUAGCCAGCGGCACCCUUAAGUAUUACAACAUGCCGGAGAUAUAGAAGCAUGCUUGCAGAGCACUAAGUCUAACAGACAGGCCGAGAUGCACACUUGUGUGUGUGGUUGAAUGGUUGAAUGAAUGAUAUGAACCUGAGGCCUGUUUGAGAGAAGGCAGCGUAUAGACAUGAAACAUUAACAGCCAUUAGUUCCUUUAGCAACACCUUACUCCAAAGACUAACUCAUUUUCAUCAGACCUGCUUCUUUUACAUAGAUUUGAAAUAUAAGCCUGUCCAGCUUAUCCGGCUUAUCCUAAAUAUAUAUAUUUUUAUUUUGCACACAGAAAUUCACAGUUUAAAGGCUAUAAUCAUGAAGUCUAGAAAGAGAAACUGAAAUGAACUGUGAACUAAAAUGUUGUAGCUGUUUACAACUAAAGAAACAGAUUUUGUUGGUUUUGCAAUAAAUAUAUGCAAUUUUUGCUUUCCAUGUAACACUGCUACAGGCUUUUGUGGUUGUUACAGUUAUAUUAGCCUUGGAUUUUGAGUGCAAAAGUGGAUAUGAAUGACAUUAUAUCUGAAAUAAACCUUUGAAGUUAAAUAUCUUGUUAAAGCCUUACUCUGAAAGCACAAUUAUGACAAACGUAUUGCCUUUCGAAAUAAAUGCAUAUUUGAACAUUUGUAUAAGUAAUUUCCAGAGAAUUGUGUAGCAAAAUUAUGUCCUGCCUUGUUGUGUGCCACUUGCAAAGACUAAACAAAUAACCACCAAUGAUUUUGAUAUAACUUUCUUGAAAAAAAAUCAAUUCUCAAGUUUGAUGUGCACACAAUUUUAUUUUCCACCUCACACAAAUAUAACACAUGAAAAAUAUUGCUUUCAGUUUCUUGUGCUUUAAUGUACUUUAUCUCCUUCCCUCUCUCCCUUUUUCUUCAGAAUCUCCCUCUUUCUGCAUCUGUUGAAUCAAUCCAUUUUUUUUUCUCCAGGGGAAUUUAAAGGGAACU